AAAUUAUCGUAAAGCAACAUUCACAGGAGAUAAACGUCAACAUUUACAGGACCAAGCCAUGCUGCAGCUGCUAAGUAACUUUCUAAAUCAAAAACUAAUUAAUCUAAGCAUUUUUUGGUAUUAAAUAUUAGCUGUCUGCUGUUUAAAAUUUAUUAUUCCAUUCCUGUCUACCUGUAUUGAGCUACUUUGUUGUUAUAAUGGAGGUUUUACGUCCACAACUUGUAAUCAUAAAUGGCAGACAAUAUCGCAGAAAUGUGAUUAAAGAAGAACAGUAUGAGGAGGAAGAGGAGUUUUCCUACGUGGGACCACCAGAGUCUGAAGACCUGGCUGAAGACGAGAGCUGUGACACUCACUCCAUCGAACAAACAGAGAAAGGUUUCCGCUGUGCCAUAGACGUGCCCAGUGUCCUCUACAAAUAUAUCAUUGGAAAAAAGGGAGAAACUCGCAGACGACUGGAGUAUGAUACGAAAACUAACAUCAGCAUCCCCAAACAAGGAGUGGAGGGACAAAUAGUGAUCACCGGAGCCCACAGAGCUUCUGUUUCGUCGGCCCUGACUCGAGUGGAGCUUCUCAUCGACAGCUUCAGGAAGAAACAGCCGUUCACUCACUUCCUGUCCCUCCCUCUGAACGACGCCAAGAUCCAGGACGGCUUCCUCAAGUUUAAGGACGAGGUUUUGGAGAAAUGCUCACAGGACCAUGGGGUGGAGGCCAGUAUCUUCCAGAACCCGUCCAAACUGCACCUCACCCUGGGGACUCUGGCUCUGUUAAACGAGGCGGAGGUGAGGAAAGCCUGUGAGCAACUACAGCUGUGUCAAGACGUCAUCAGAGAGAUCACAGGAGGCAGACCUUUGGAGCUGGAGGUCAGAGGGGUGGAGUACAUGAACGAUGACCCAGCCAUGGUGGACGUGCUGUACGCCAAAGUCAACGUGAAGGACGGAUCUGACAAGCUGCAGGUGUUGGCCGAUCGUCUGGUGGAGCACUUUGUCUCUUUGGGGCUGAUGGUUCGAGAAUGGGACAGAGUCAAACUCCACGGGACUGUCAUGAACACACUGUUCAGGAAAGACUCCACAGCUGAAGGUUCAGGCUCUUCAGGAGGAAAACCCGUGAACGCGAGAGAAGCUUUUGAUGCCAGAAAUAUAUUAAAGACUUUUGGAUCUUACCAUUUUGGAGAUCUGGAGCUGAACUCAGUGCUUUUGUCCCAGAGAUUUUCUUCAGACUGUACAGGAUACUACUCCACAGCCGGACAAAUCAACUUUUCAUGAAACUCACAACUUUAGUCUUUUAUUUAAAUAUAAUUAAAGGUUUGAGUAAUCCUUAGUUUGUUUACAUCUGUUCUAAUCCUGGUUUAGUUCCAAAUGUAGAACCAGUGAGUGUAAAUACAAGAUUAAGGCUGAACUCGUCUUGCCUCGUUUGUCCACCAGAUGGCAGCAGAGUUGUAUUUACUGUGUUGUAAAUCCAAACUGAACCUGUAAAAAUAUUUAACGACACCAAGUAAAUUUCCUCUUUCUCUCCUGCAAAUAUAUAUUAUCAGAAAUUAA